AUCCCUUGUUCUAUUUGGGAGAAAAUAAGCGGAAGGCGAACGGGGAGACUGUGCGGAGGAAGCGAAUCAGAUAGCUCCUGCUUCGCCAAUUGGGUUUCUGGAGAGGGAGGCAACUAGUUUCAUUCUUGUUUGGGGAAAGAGGUGAAGGAGAUAGAAAUAUGCUUCAGAUCCGGCUUAGCAAAGUUCCACAGGCUGAAGGUGGUGCUGGGGCAGUGAAGCCCUCGCCGGCGGAGUCUGUGACGGUCGCAUGCCCUGACCACCUCGUUCUUGCUGAUCUCCCUGUAGCAAAAGGCAUUGGUGCGGCUACCGCUGCUUCCAUUGUCAAGUCUGUGGGUCGCAGGUCUCGCCGUCAGCUUGGAGAACGAGUUCAUUUUUGUGUCAGAUGCGACUUUCCUAUUGCAAUUUAUGGUCGCCUGAGUCCCUGUGAGCAUGCCUUCUGUCUUGAUUGUGCAAGAAGCGAUUCUUUGUGCUACCUUUGUGAUGACCGCAUCCAGAAGAUUCAAACUAUAAAAAUGAUGGAGGGGAUCUUCAUUUGUGCAGCCCCACACUGUCUCAAGUCUUUUCUAAAGAGGACUGAUUUCGAAUCUCAUAUACACGAGAGCCAUGCUGACCUUCUUAAGCCAAAUGCAGAGAAGGAAGAUGGAAAUGAAAUUGAGGCCCAUAGUGCUAAACAAUCUACAGCUUCUGAGACGUCAGUCCGAGGUCCAUUGAGACCACUCAUAUCUCCAGGUUCCAAUUCCCAGCCACAAGAACGUGAAGAAAAAUUUCAUCGACAACAAUCUAGAGACCAACCUAGAUCUGGCAUGCAGCAAAAGCAAGCGCCAAUUUUGGGUCAGAACCAAAACAAUACAUCUGAGUCUCAACAAGACAGCGGCCAUUCACAAGGCUUCGAUAGACAUGGUCCUCAUGGCCGUUUUCCCCCUCAAAACUUUGACGCACAGGGUGCUCCACAUCAGGAGUCCGGUCAGUUUUCAGAGAAACAGCAAGGAAUUCUAUCCGACACUCCAUAUUCUCAGUAUCCUCCUUUGCAACCAAUUCCGCCACCAAAUUAUGUGGUUCCACCUAACUCUAAUCCAAUGUUGACCCCCCCUCUACCAUUUGGUUAUCCUCCUUUUCCAGUUGAGGGAGCUCAACAAUAUUACAGUACACCCUAUGAAGUGCCACGGCAGGACACUGCAGCAGCAGAGACUGGAUCCGAGCAAGGGUCACUGCUAGGCUUUCCACCAGGUGCAGCAGGAGGAAUGAAUUUCUCAGCAACUUAUCCGCACCCUUGGAAUGCUGGACAAGCCGGUAUUCCUUAUGAUCAUGCUGCUGGAGGUCAAGGAAUGCCCGAUGCUUUUGCUAAUACGCCUGAUUCUCAAGGAAAACAUGGAUUUUAUCCAGGAGAUUAUAGACGCAGCCCUGGAGGCAUGCCUGUGAAUUCUACUGUCUCGUCUAUGGCCAACAAAGGGAUGGAUCAGGGGCAUGCAUCAGGUAGUACGAUGGACCUAAGGGAUGGUAAAGGUAUAUUGGCACCACAGCCUCUAAUACAAUUGCCCCCACCCCCACGACCCCCACCGUUCUUGUCGCAUAACAAGCGGGGUAAGUUUUAUCCAGGAGAUAUGGAUCAUGAUGGGCAAAACCUUGGAUGGCAGAAUGACAACCAUAGCCGAGAUAGCUUUGGAAGUGGCCAAGACUGAUGAUUUUUCCAUGGCUCGUUCUGUGUUUCCUUUGCUGUAUACUUCCAGCCAUUGUUUUGAUCAAAUUUGCAUCAGCGUUAGAAUGUCUGUAUAUUUGAACUUGAUGCUUAAUGGGAAAGUUCUUCCCUUAGAGGACUUUUUGAGUAUAAAUAGUCAUUUGAGAUGUUGAGAUCAA